AUGUCGGUCCAGAAGCAGACCAUCGAAGAAAUCAUUAAUGUGAUUCCCCUUCGCUACCGAGGACCCGGCGGUGCCUUGGCAGUCAUCAAGAAUGGCGAGGUCAUCAGCCAACGUGUCUGGGGAUACGCCGACCAGUCUCGUCGCAUUCCCGUGGACCCGUCAACCCAAUUCCCAAUAUGCUCAAUCACUAAGCAGUUUGUGUGCGGGUUGAUGAUGGAUCUUCAUCGGAAUCCCACCCCUACGAUGGCGGCCAAGGGCGAUGUGCAGAGUCAAUUCAUCGAGAAGCUGCAUGAGUUGCUCCCCAUGGCUCGAGAGAAGGGGUUGACGCUCCAGAAUCUGUGCGAUAUGCAGUCCGGCAUUCGUGAUUACUGGGCUAUGACGACUCUAUGGGGAGCCAAACCAGAGGAUGAGUUCUUGAUUGACAGGGAUACUCCCUCGAUGCUGGAUAGGACCAAGUCGCUGCACUUCGAACCGGGGACGGAGUACUCGUAUUCGAAUGUGAACUUCUAUUUGCUGGGACGAAUCAUUGAGCAUGUCACUGGGGAGCCACUUGGAAAACUGCUCGAGGAGAGAGUCUUGAAGCCAGCAGGAAUGACAACUGCGCUGCUUUGUCCGAACACUGCCCACCAUCCACCACCCUGCGUUGGCUACGAAGGGAACGAAGACCACGGAUUCUAUGAGGCAGUCAACCGCAUGGAGUGGUCGGGCGAUGCCGGAUUGGUAGCUUCUCUGAAUGAUAUGAUCGCCUAUGAGAAGUACCUCGACCAGUUGUCUGCUGACCCGCAGAGCUGGUACUACACUGCGACCAGGCCACAGACCUAUAGCGAUGGUGCGGCUGCGAGGUAUCACUAUGGUCUGAGUCAUGUGGAUAUCAAUGGCAUCAACGCAAUCGGUCAUGGUGGAGCUUUAAGAGGAUACCGGCUACAUCGGAAACAUGUGCCACAGGAGCAUCUAUCCGUCGUGGUUCUAUUCAAUCACGAGGCCGAUGCAUCCGCAGCGGUUGAAGAUAUCCUUCGAGGUGUAUUGAAUCGACCUAACCCCGAAAGCGCGCCCAUGAAACCUGCCGCAGAAUGGUAUGGCGUUUUCCUCGACCAGGCUACUCAAUUGGCAAUCACUGUAGCCAAGAGCUCGCGAGAAGGGGAAGUCUUGGUUACAUACGACGCCCAUUUGGAGCCCGCAUCGCUCAAGUUGAUUGAUGCGAAGAACGGCAAAUCCCGCUCGAUGACUGGGUCCAUUGACGGGGAUGUCUUGCACAUUCAUCGCGUGUCGGAGAACCGGAAACUUGAAGCCCGGCGCCUCACUCCGCGUGAUAGCAGUCUCAAGGAGCCGGCGUUGACGGGUGAUUAUUAUUGUGAGGAGGUUGACUCUACCUUCCACUGUAUUGGAGAGGCAGGCAUGUUGUACGGGUGCUUCGACGGAUACCUUGGACAGGGUAUCGUCACGCCGAUACGUUAUCUUGGGGAUGAUGUGUGGGCCCUGAGCUGCCCCCGUGGGCUGGAUGCGCCAGCACCAGGAGACUGGACUAUGGUGAUCCAUCGCGACGAGAGUGGCUCCGUCGUGGGCUUUAAGACCGGUUGUUGGCUAGCUAGGGGACUGGAUUUUGUCAAGAAGCAAUAA